AUGGCCGACGAUAGCGGACCCCCCGCCACAAACAUGGAGGACCCGCUCGUGCUGGCACUCACCAGCAGCUCCACGACCAGGCGCUGUGCGGAGCUGGGCAGCCUCAACGACCGAAUACAGAAGAAUGACCUCCCCGCCGACCGCCUCCCCCUCGUCUUCCGCCUCCUCUUCCACACCCACCCCUACUACCUCGACCGGCCCUCCCGCGCCGCCGUCCGCCGCUGCCUGCAGAGCCUCCAGUCCUCGCCCACGCUCGCCGCCCCCUCCACAAAGGCCCUCAUCACGGCCAUCCGCAACGAGUCCGCCAAGCCCGGCAUCGCCGCAUCAAACGCCUUUGUCCUCCUCGAAUGGGCGGCCGACAUCCUCGCUGCCAUCGCGAAGAGCACUGAGGCAUUCAACACACACAAGGACGCCGUCAUCGAGGCGCAGGUGGCCCUGCUCGAUAUCUGUCUGGGUAAUGCUCACGCAAAGACGUCGCUGAAGAAGGGCGCGCUGGCGGCUACCCGCCGCGGCCUCCGCGCCGCGUUCGCGCCCGCAAACGAAAAUUAUGGCGGUAAGAACGCGCUGCUCCUCGGCGUCGUGGCCGGCGUGUGUGCGCGCUCCGAGAAGUGCAAGGCGGUGCUGGAAGGGCUGAAGAAGGACGUCGUUUGUGACGGCGGGGAGUUUUCGGGCGAGGUUGUGCCGGCGGUUGAGCGGGCGCUUCUGCGGGCGCCGGAGGUUGUGCUGGACGGGGUGCUGGUGGGGGUGUUGGAGAGCUUGCCGGGGGAGAUUGAUCUUGCGGUGCCGAUUGCGGGGGGUUUGAUGAAGCAGUUUCUGGCGUGUGUGAAGAGCAGCAAUGCGAAUAUCCGGAGCGGGGCGGUGGCGGCGUUUCGGGCGGGAUGGGGCAUGCGGAGAGGCCGGAUGAGGGCGCGGUUGUACGGAUUGCGGAGGAGCUGGUGGCGCCGCUGA